AUGGAUUACGCAUAUCGUAUGAUCAAAAAUGUCAAGUACUUCUACAAUUCGAUUAAUCCGGCUACACUUUCAGGAGCCAUCGAUGUGGUAGUUGUGGAGCAACCAAAUGGAGAAUACAAAUCGACACCAUUUCACGUUCGCUUCGGAAAAUAUGGUGUCUUCAGCUACAGUGAUAAAUAUGUAGAUAUAGCCGUCAAUGGUGUGGAGAUCGAUCUGAAAAUGAAGUUAGCUGACAGUGGAGUAGCAUUUUUCGUGGAAGAAGCGGACGAUGAAGUUCCUGACUACCUUCUAACGUCACCUUUACCCGAACAAGACACCCCGCAGAUUGGGGGAUCUGGAGUUGAAAAGGUUUUAGCAGAAAGUGCUCGAAAACUAGAAGAGACGCAGAAUGAGAAUGGAGAAGUUGAAAUGAACGAAAUGGCAAAAAGUAGAUCAUCAAGUCCAGAUGGAGGGCAAGGCAAUGCUAGAGAGCCAAAACAAGAACAGUCGCUAAGUCAAGUACAACGAAAGCAAACUCUUCCUUUCUCUUCUUCAGUGUUCAGUGAUCGCCGUUAUCGGUCAUUGCCAGAUCUCACAGUUCUUGCCGCUGAAACAGAUCAUACUGAAGUUGCUGGUUCAUCAGAUGCAAAAAAGACAGACGAGAAAAAGUCGAGAAAAACGCCACGUCCGUUCGUACACUCACACUCACAAUGCUCAUCGAUGGAAAAAAAAGUGUUUCACAAAUCAAAUGAUGACAUUCUGCGAAGCUUGAGGCGCGAAACUCAUGACAUGGAUCGUCGGGUUCCACUCCGGAAAAAGAGUCGUGUAACUUUUGAAAAACCAUCGACACGUCCAAUCGAUAUCCAAAUUCAAACUUACAAUGACUCUGAUUCUGAAUUGGAUUCGUCUGUAAAUUCCUCCCCCUCUCCAUCACUUGUUGAUCAACGCGAAGCAGAUCGAAUUGCUGAUGGUGCUCUUUCCGACUCAGAAGUGGAUCGUCAACGUGAUCGUAAUGCCACACCAGAACCCCAUGAUGUAACCGACUGGAAAUGGGGAGAACUUCCGGAGACCAGAGAACUUAACAAAAGAAAGAAGGAAGAGGAACAAGCAGCCAAAAAUGCAUCGACUUCUAGAUGGAGUAGUUGGUUCUGGUCGUCAUCAGCAGCAACAGAAGAACAGAAAGAGAAGGAAAAGAUUUCACAAGAGGAGCAAGGAAUCCCACUUGGAGAACUUCUCAAUUCUGCAUCAGACCCAGUUAACAUUGAAAAAUACCUCGGAAAGCCGCCCAGUGUAACCUCAAUUGACAGUGGAAACGUGUCUCGAGGUGUUUCACAGCCAUCGUCUCCAACAUCUAAUCAUGACGACUUCACACCUACAACGACACCUCCAAAUGAUAAAACACCAACGAGAGAGAGUGUUCGAUUUGGAACCGUUACAGAUGGUUCGAUUUCAACAGCCGCUGCCACUGGAAUCCGGUCCCGUGCGUCGUCUGAUGAUAUUUUCCCUCUCAGCGAAGACGAACUGGAUGAGAACUUCCGUCCACAAUAUAUGCAAUCUCUUCGUCUCUCAUCUGAGAAAUUGAAAUCAUUGGGACUUGUACUGGGAGCCAACGAACUUCGUUUCUCAAUCACCACCAAGUUUCAAGGAACGACGUGGUGCAGUUGUAAUAUAUAUCUCUACAAAUGGUAUGAACAACUCGUCAUCUCUGAUAUUGAUGGAACUAUCACAAAAUCCGAUGUGCUUGGCCACGUGAUUCCUGCAAUUGGAGGAACAUGGGCUCACACUGGUGUCGCUGAAUUAUACACCCGUAUCAAAAACAACGGAUACAAAAUGGUUUAUUUGUCAUCUCGUGCCAUUGGUCAGAGUCAUACUACGAAACAAUAUCUCAAAAGUGUGGCUCAAGACUCAAAACAACUGCCUGAUGGACCUGUGUUGCUGUCACCAACGAGUAUUAUAACUGCUUUUAGGAGAGAAGUAAUCGAACGGCGACCGGAAGAAUUCAAAAUCGCUGCUUUGACUGACUUGAAACAGUUGUUCCCGAGUGGUAAUCCGUUCUACGCUGGGUUUGGAAACAGAAUCACUGAUGUUGUUUCGUAUGAUGCCGUCGCAGUACCUGCUGCUCGAAUUCUCAUCAUCGAUCCAAGUGGAAAAGUGAAACGAUCGGACUCUUCGGGACUCGCACUAAGCUAUAAAUCAAUGGCCACCGAUACAGUCGAUUACAUGUUCCCUCCAUUAUCUGUUCAUGUGAAAGACGAUGCUCGAAAAACAGAACGGCUCACAUCAGCAUGGAGCAAACCGUUGGAGCAUAGCAACUUCACACAUUGGCAUGUCUCUCCAAAGGAUGUACUCGAUGAAGAACUAUUGCAAUAUGAAACCCAUCGAAAGAAGUUAAUCGCAACGCAAAAAGGAAGAAAAUAA